AUGACCGAAGAUCUCAUCGACGAUCGAAAAAUUCGAAAUGACGAAGACGAUGUGGCGCCCUGCCGAAAAGAAGAAAGUAGAUUGGAAAGAAUGGUAAAUGAAACAAGUCCAACACCGAGCGUAUCGUUUGCCGGUGGUUGCGGUAGCAGCUCAUCUAGGCGGAAAAACGCUCUUCCACAGCGGCAACCAGUAGGCGUCGACGAUGAAGAAGGCACUCCUCAAAUUGAGCAAAAUGAAAUGGUGGGAGAAGAAACAGUCGCAAAUGAAGCGUUAGAGCAGCAGAUCGAAACAACAGCGGCCAGUGAAGCUCCAAAAAAUGUAUUAGCUGCAAGUCUUGCUACUAGUAUCAAUCCACAGGUGAGGCCUCUAUUUAUUUGUUACUAA